GCAGAUGCAUCAGUUCAGCUUUAUAAAUUAAAAGCGACACAUUUAAUAAAAAAAACUAGUGAAAACAUGUCUCUGACUAUUACUCCAACUGCUUCGCAUCCUGAGCUCAAGGAUCUGAGCACCGUUCGCAAUGAACAAAAGGAACUGAGCAUUUCGCCGGUUCACGAUGUUAAUAUUACCAAAGCCACGGCCACUUUUGGUAUGGGCUGCUUCUGGGGCGCUGAAUCGCUAUAUGGAGCCACCCGAGGGGUCCUGAGAACCACCGUGGGAUAUGCCGGCGGCAGCUCGGAUUUGCCAACGUACCGUAAAAUGGGCGAUCAUACGGAGGUCCUGGAAAUCGACUAUGAUCCCACGGUCGUUAGCUUCAAGGAGCUGCUGGAUCUGUUCUGGAACAACCAUGAGUAUGGUCUGACCACGCCCAUCAAGAGGCAGUAUGCCUCCUUGAUUUUGUUCCACGACGAGGAGCAGAGGCAGGUGGCGGAGGCCUCCAAGUUGGAGGAGCAGGAGCGCCGGGCACCGGAGAUCAUAACCACUGAGAUCGCCUCCAAGGAGAACUUUUACCCAGCCGAGGCGUACCAUCAGAAGUACCGAUUGCAGGGCCACAAGGACCUCGCCUCCUCGCUGAAUCUCAGCCCCAAACUGCUGCAGACCAGCUACGUGGCCACCAAACUGAAUGGCUAUCUGGCCGGAGUCGGCGGCAUCGAGCAGUUCAAGGCCGAGGUGGAGUCCAUGGGUCUGACGCCCACCCAGCGGCAGUACUGCAACUACCACGUGGAGCAAAACGAGGGCCAGGGUCUCUACUGCUGACAUGGUCGAAUGUGCAUAGACGUUAAGCGUAGAUCGUACACCUAGGGGGGUAAUUUAAUCAAUAGUUUGCUUGUUCAAAACAGAUUGUGUAUUAUGUAGACUUAGGAAGGUAUAAAAUAUAUUUGAAAAGCGUAUAUAUUUUAUUAUAAUAAUAAAAAAUAUCUCAAAGUAA